AUGGCACGAAGUUUAAAUUGUACAGCACCUGCAGAUUUAAUCCGAGGUACAAAGUCCAUCACUAUUCACCCUCGGUUCAACAAAACUGCAUUUUACGACAGUGACAUUGCCUUGCUGGAACUCAACGAGGCCGUCCAGUAUAAUGACUCAGUGCGUCCAAUAUGUGUCCUAGAUUAUUAUAAGAUUAGAAGACUAAUGGCUAUUCCCAGGCAUCCGAAUGGAAGAGUUUCUGGAUGCGGAAUGUUGGACGAAAAAGGCAAAAAACCAAAUGUUCUUCAGCAUAUUGUUAUGCCGUACACGGAUAGAAGAAUAUGUAAGGAAGAUUUGGAAACUAUACCAAAUAAAAACUAUACCUUUACAAAGAACAUGUUUUGUGCAGGCCAGAAGAAACGUCUGGUUGGUGACGUUUGUAGGGGCGACAGUGGUGGUGGUUUCAUGAUGGAAUUAACAGGCAUGUUUCAGUGGGUGCUCGGUGGUAUUGUCUCCUUUGGGUUCAUGUGUGACGGUCCUGAACACUACUCAUAUUUUACCAGCGCGGGCAAAUUCUACAACUGGAUCAACGGCAUUGCCAAAUUCACUGAUGAAAAAGUCAACCUUGACUUCCUGAAUGAGUGAUUGUAUGUUCAACAUAGAACAUAUAAUCUUGGUCUGAAAUUUGAUUGAUGGCCUUGUGUUUAUUAUACUUCCUGUAAAUAAAGUAACAUUGAAUUUCUCGGCUUGAAUGACACCUUGUUUUGCUAACUUGUCCAACAU